AGCGACCCAGCAUAUAAUCUUUUGGAUUUGUCACGAGUCUCCAAAAAUAUCAUCCCAGCUUAUUUUAUACCCGCAGCCAACCUCUCUCGCUUUCCCUCUCAAACACGCACGUGACCUCAAAUCAAACUUGAUGGCCUCGUCAUCAGCGCACGAGCAGCAUCCCCACCACCACCACCACCACCUCCGUACGCCCUACGGAGCCACCGCUGCUCCGCCGCCAACUCCCUUAUCGCAGCCCAACCUCUCGUCCACCUCAGGACACGCCGACGCUCUCUCUCUUCUCCUCCACCGCCUCCCGCCUACUCUCUCCCUCCCCGGCCGCCGCUCGCCGCUGUCCAAUAAGACCGCCGCCGUUCCUUCCGUCUCGCUAUCGGAGCACGCGGAGGUCCUCUCCGCCUGUAAACACCUCGGAUUCUUCCAGCUCAGCCGCCACUCCGUCGAAUCUGAGCUAGCCAACUCGGCCGAGUCCUUGGCUCGCUCUCUCUUCGACCUGCCCCGCGAUAGAAAGCAAGUGUACUUCCCGAAGAACUGGCCGUUAGGUUUCGAUUCCGAAGCCGACGACGACGAUCACGCUGCCGGCGGCGCCGGCGAGUCGUUCUGCCUCGACUCGGCGUGCUCCUCCGAGGAAUCCGAGUUGGACUUGAGUUCUCUCCGUGCGUUCACUCGCGAAAUGGAAAAGAUUGGGAAAGAGGUGACGGAAGCACUGGCUUCCAUUGUCGGGUUCGAUAACCCGGCCCGUGAAGACCCCACACGGGUCAGUUCAUUAUUGUGGAUUUCCGACGGGUCUUCCGUCAGCACACCAGUUUUAACGGGUCGGAUGUAUCCAUUUGCUAUCGGGUUACAGUACCAAAUAAGAUGCCAGAAAUACCAUAUGUUAACGGAUUCGGGUUGGGUCUCUAUCUCCCCGGAGGUGGACUCGAUUUUGGUCACCGUCGGCGACAUUGCUCAGGUGUGGAGCAAUGGGAAGGUACAGAAGGUGAGAGGAAGGGCAGUCCCUGCAGGGGAGGAUGGGUCACGCUGCAUAUCAAUCGCUCUUCUCAUCACUCUUCCCCUCGACAGCAUCGUCUCUCCUAUGCUUCCCAACCCUGCGAAUAACGAAGACGAGGACGAGGAUAUCAAGAACAGUAAUAACCAGGAACACGAAGAGGAUAGUAAAGGAGAAAGAAGAAUGUUCAAUCCCUUCCCAUUCGAGGAUUACGCCUGGAGAAUCUACCAUGAACGCCUUCUCCUUAAGGAUCCUCUUCUCAGAUACCGUGUCUGAAAUCAUCCUUAGUUAUGUUUGGUUUUAUGUUUUAUCAUGGCAGUGCAGUGGUGACAAUAUUGUUGUUGUCGUUAGUUUUUCUUCUUUAAUUUUUAAAUUUUUUUUUUUCUGUUUGGUUUUAAAUUAAAUUAAAGUCAUCAUUAAUGACCUUAUGGUGAUUAGUGCAUGCAGUUUGGUUUUGUGUCUCCUUCAGCACUUGUGAUACUGGUGGGUAUUGGUAUUACAGACUGCACCGUAUCAUGGCAGGUGAAUUUUAGUUGUACCCACUUUUGAUUAUUAUGUAACUAUAUAUAUUGUAUGAAGAUUUUUUAUUUUUUUUUUA